GUUUCUCCGACGACUUUCUGCUGGUAACUUCAUUUCUCUUGGCUCUAUUUCGUUAUUGUUCUCCUCGCGGCCUAUUUUUGAUUUUUUGACUCGAAAGUUCAAUCAGUGAUGCUCCAUCAUACUUCGUUUUGGUCGCUCAAAAAUUUUCGGAAAACGGAAGAAAUUAUCAGCGGGAUGCGCUAUUAAUUGCUAAUGAAAUAAAUCCACAACGCAGAGGCAUUUUUUCCAACUUAAUAUGCAAAGAUUGAAGCGGAAGAUGGUGGAAGAGGAACAGUAGUUAUUCUUGAACGGAAAUUUUGCUGAGCGGCAGCAAUGGUGCAAGGUUGGACGAUGAGCACUCUGACGACCGCUGGCGGCAGUGGGGUUUAUGGAUCAACUCCUUUAUGGAGUAGGCAUUUCAAGAUAAUGGAAAAAACCCAGAUAACCUCAGGGAUUGAGAGACCGCGACUUUGGCACCGUUGUGUUGAUAGAUUGUUUUUCAUUGGCCACCCUGACAAGUCUAGACACAGAAGUUUGAGGGUUGGAGCUGGAUGGCUGUUUAAAGGGGGUGAUCAAGGACUGGAAGCAAGGUCAGAGCAUAGUGUGAGUGCCAACGAGGACAUAUUGAUUUUCUUUUUUCAGCUGGACUUGGCGACUCGAGUGCAGUAUGCUCUAAAUAUGGAACAGUAUGAAAUUGCACAGCAGCUGAGAAACAAGCUUACUGAGGUGGAAGCCGAGGUCAUUAGGCAGCAAGAGACGAAAAGGGGAUCAACUUCGAAGACUGAAGCUCAGGAUAAGGCUAUAAGUAUUCUACGUUUACGUGCAGAUCUGCAGAAUGCAAUUGAGAAUGAAAGCUAUGCUUUGGCUGCUAAACUACGAGAUGAAAUUUCUAAGCUAGAGGCAGAGUCUUUGUCUGCAUCAGCAAAAGCUUUGGCAUAUGAAAAUGCUCAAUACGCAUUUCGUUUGGGCCAGAAAGUGAGGCAUAAGAUGUUUGGUUACUGGGCUGUGAUUUGUGGAAUGGAUCCCGUAUGCUGCGAAUCAAGUUCAUGGAUGGAAACUGCACAUGUUGAAAAGUUGUCUCGUGGUUCAAGUCAGCCAUUUUAUCAGGUCUUGGUUGAUGUACAUGCAGACCCUAAUCUGCUAGUGGCUUAUGUUGCUGAGGAGAAUUUGUUAGCCCCUGAAAAGCCUGACAUGGGCAGGUUUGAUCAUCCGUAUGCUUCCUUUCUGUUCUAUGGAAUGGAUGCAGCUGGAGAUUUUAUACCAAUUAAGCAGCUACGUGAAAAAUUCAAUAGGCCUCGGUAUGAAGUGCCCACCGAUUCAGAAGAUGAGGGAACCGGAGAAGAUGCGUAAAGGGAUGAUGCCUGAUUUUCUGCCCCUUUUAACUUUUGAGCGUCAGAGAGCACACCCUUGUGCCAGGAAGCAUCGACCUAAAACUCAAUUCAUUUCUACAUUCUAGCUGCAUAGGCAGAGGCCCUUUGGCUUAUUUAUGAUUCUGAUUCUUGUACAUAGCUUACUUUUUGGGGCUGAAGCUAUUGGCAAUGACAGUUUAGUCUUGUUAAGAGUUAUGUUUGUGGAUCAGUGACGUAGGCAAUUCUUGCAUUACUAUUGGCGAUUCAAGCUCUUUGGUUCUACUGUAAUUUGAAUUCUCAAAGCUGAAUUGUCCAGUGGGGGUUCCAUCUUGGCUAAAUCUGGAAGUUCUGAAAUAUGAUCACUACUCCAAACAAUUUUUUAUCUAGUGAAUUACAGCAUGACUCUGGAAAUUCAA